AUGGCAGAGACUCAUGGUUUGAUGGAGAGACUGGAGAAAGCAGUGACUCGGCUUGAAUCAUUAUUUUCAGAUUCACACAGAUCUGGUGGAAUGGAGUGUGAUGCCAUCAAUGGAGUCAAUGGAAGCAUAGCACCAUAUGUUGAAGCCUUUGAUAGGCUGCUGAAUGGAAGUGUUGCUGAAUUUCUCAGGUACAGCAAGAUUCUUGAAGGUGACGUGAAGACACAUGCAGAGAUGGUACGUGCUGCUUUCCAAGCGCAGAGAUCUUUCCUGGUGUUAGCAUCUCAAUGUCAAGAGCCUCAAGAGAAUGAGGUGGCAAUGCUUCUCAAGCCAAUAUCAGAGAAGAUUCAGGAAAUCCAGAACUUCAGAGAAAGGAACAGAGGAAGUACAAUGUUCAACCACCUCUCAGCCGUCAGUGAAAGCAUACCUGCCCUUGGGUGGAUAGCAGUGUCUCCUAAACCAGGCCCUUAUGUCAAGGAGAUGAAUGAUGCUGCUACCUUUUAUACUAACAGGGUAUUAAAGGACUACAAGCACAGUGACACACGCCAUGUUGAUUGGGUGAAGUCAUAUCUGAACAUCUGGUCUGACCUUCAAGCUUAUAUCAAAGAGCAUCAUACCACAGGUCUCACCUGGAGUAAAACUGGUCCUGUCGCAUCACCCAUGUCUAUGCGAUCUGUUCUAACAAGCGGGUCAUGCCUCUCCCCGCCACCGCCACCACCGCCGCCGCCACCUGGACCUCCCCCCACCUUUGAUACAGAAACCGUAAAGGAUGAAGGAACCGCAUCUCGCUCAGCCCUAUUUGCACAGCUUAACCAGGGAGAGGCAAUUACCAAAGGGCUUCGACAUGUCUCUGAUGACCAGAAGACUCACAAGAACCCCAGCCUACGUGCCCAGGGUCCAUCUGUUCGUUCUCCAACAAAAAGCCAUACUCCAAGUCCCACCUCUCCCAAGAAUUCCCCGCAGCAGAGCCAUGCCCCUGUCUUGGAGCUAGAGGGAAAGAAGUGGAGAGUGGAAUAUCAAGAGGAUAAGAAUGACCUGGUCAUUAACAACACUGAACUCAAGCAAGUGGCCUACAUUUUUAAAUGUAACAAAUCUACGCUUCAGAUAAAAGGAAAAAUCAAUUCAAUUACUAUUGACAACUGUAAAAAGUUUGGCCUUGUGUUUGACAACGUUGUGGGAAUCGUGGAAGUGAUCAAUUCCAGGGAUAUUCAGAUUCAGGUGAUGGGGAAAGUGCCAACCAUUUCUAUUAACAAAACAGAAGGCUGCCACAUCUACCUCAGUGAGGAAUCAUUAGAUUGUGAGAUUGUGAGUGCCAAGUCAUCCGAGAUGAACAUCCUCAUCCCCCAAGACGGUGAUUAUAAAGAAUUCCCGGUUCCUGAACAGUUCAAGACAGCAUGGGAUGGAUCUAAGUUGGUCACUGAACCUGCAGAGAUUGUGGGUUAACUUCCUAACGCCAUACAGCACUUGCUGACCGUGACCAGACCGCAGCCAGCAUAAACAAAGCAGCAAUGUAAAGAACUAGAAGUAGCAGUAGUUCAUACUGCUGUGAUAGGCCUUCAAGCAUUAGCUCUGCAUGCUAGAAACAAUAACACAUCUGGCACGCUUUUGUGAGGCAUCCCAGUAUUUUUCAUGUUUCCACACAGUUUGCCUUCACAUACAAUUUUAAUUCUAAAUGAUGUCAUGUGAAUGUAAUGGAUUAAAACCCCCACCCUCCAGUCACAUCAUUGGUUUGAAAUACUGUAUACAUUAAGCCAAAAUACUGCAUGAUACACUUUGUUAUCAUCUUGCUUCAGUGCAUUCCUUUUUCUGUUUCUGCUAAUCAAAAACAGCAUUAAGACUUUAAGAUGUUUAUUUUUACCUAUUAAGCAAUUCCUGUAUGAUGCAGUAAAAAUGUACCCCUAGAAAGUAUGCAGUUCCUUGUAGUUCUGUGGCAAUCAUAAUUGGUUUUGUUUUAAACAAGCAAAAAAGGACAACUUUCAGCAAUACGUUUUGCUAACAGAAGAUUAAAAAAAUCUGGUAUUUUAAUCAAACACAUUUCUAAUAUGUAUAUUUAGAAGACCCCUAUGUUUUCUGUGAGGUGAGAUUUCAUUAUGGUCCACAGACUUGCUGUUGCCCUCUCAUUUCUUGCAAAUUAGUAAUCCUUUCUAAGCUAAAGCCUCAUCUAAACUAAAACCUCACAGCAAAUCACUUGAAGGUUUUUUGCUCCUUGGAUUUCUUUUUUUCUUUUUUUUUUGUGAGACAAUCUCUCAUUCUUUAAAAUUUCACAUUGUAUCUUGCAUCCUAUUCAGAAAACUGAGGGAGGCAUAUAUGCCAGAUACCAGCUAGUUUCCUUACUAAUAAUGUUGCUUUAAAAUA